AGCGUCUCUACCUCUGAUACCUCCUCAACUCACCUGAUAUCUUACCCCGCAUACUUACUAUACCAUGAAGGUCCUUGCCAUCCUCUAUCGCGGUGCCCAGGCUGCCAAGCAGGAGCCCCGUCUCCUCGGCACCGUCGAGAACAAGCUCGGCAUCGCUUCCUGGCUCAAGGACCAGGGCCACGAGUUCAUCGUGACGGAUGAUAAGGAGGGUCCGAACAGCGACUUCCAAAAGCACAUCGAGGAUGCUGAGGUCCUGAUCACCACUCCCUUCCACCCCGGAUACCUUACCGAGGAUGUUAUGGCCAAGGCCAAAAACCUCAAGAUCUGUGUCACUGCCGGUGUCGGCUCCGACCACAUCGACCUGAAUGCGGCAGUGCAGCGCAAGAUCCAGGUUCUCGAGGUUACCGGCUCGAACGUGACCUCCGUCGCGGAGCACGUCGUCAUGUCGAUCUUGCUCCUCGUGCGCAACUUCUUGCCCGCUCACGAGAUGAUUGAGCGCGGUGACUGGCAAGUCUCGGACGUCGCACGCAAUGCGUUCGAUCUCGAGGGCAAGGUCAUCGGCACGAUCGGUGCUGGCCGUAUCGGCUACCGCGUCCUACAGCGUCUCCAACCAUUCGACCCCAAGGCACUCCUUUACUACGACUACACUGCCCUUCCUGACGCUGUUGCCUCGCAAGUCGGGGCUCGCCGCGUCGAGGACCUCAAGGAGUUUGUGUCUCAGUGCGAUGUCGUAACCGUCAAUGCACCCCUGCACGAAGGCACCCGCAACCUCAUCAACACCGACCUCCUCUCGCACUUCAAGAAGGGCGCCUGGCUCGUCAACACCGCCCGCGGCGCGAUCUGCGACGCCGACGCCGUCGCGCAGGCCGUCAAGUCGGGCCAGCUGAACGGGUACGCCGGCGACGUGUGGAACGUGCAGCCCGCGCCCAAAGACCACCCGUGGCGGAGCAUGAAGAACCCGCUCGGCGGGGGCAACGGGAUGGUGCCGCAUUACUCGGGCACGACCCUCGAUGCGCAGGCAAGGUACGCGUCGGGCGUGAGGAGUAUUUUGGAGAACUACUUUGCGGGGAAGCCGCAGGAGCCGGCGAACGUUAUUGUUGGCGAGGGAAAGUAUGAGAGCAAGGCUUACGGCCAGCGGUGAACGUGAUACCCUUGCCUGCGACGUUUUCGGGUGGAGGUUAGUGGAGCUAUGGAAACUUAUCUUAUUCUCGCCGUUCAUUGUACGCUUUCUUUGGCUGUAAUAUACAUAAAAAUCUGCAAAAUACAGAACGUUUAACCACUCAUUGGAUUGCUUGAUCUCUUCAUCAUCUGUUGGCUGUUUCCUUCCUAGAAAAACGACACUUGUUCUGCGGGUACGUUUACUGUUAUUCUCCGUCACUCUCUGUCUGUAUUUGCCUCGCUUUUUCUCGCUUAAAAUAAUACGAUUUACAGCCUCAAGUUACAUGUGUAGUAUUCCUGUUUUCAUUCAAACAUGAUCAC